AUUAAAUAAAAAUAAGAAUAGAAAUAAAAUAAGGAAUGAGCCAGCCGAACCUUAAGUUAUUUAUUAGUCGGGACAGGUUGGGGUCAACACAACCUUAUUCGAUACCUAGUACCCAUGUGGAAUGCGGUCAAUUCUUUAACUUAGCACCAUUUCCACCAUUCCCAUUCUCUCAUGAACAUUUGAAGUCAUUCUUUUUUAAGGGUCUUUUGUACGUAGCAUGGAAACUUCAAUCUCGCCUGCAUUACUGCAUCAAUCAACCAUAUCGCGUUCUCCUUUUCAUUCAUGUCUAUCUAUCCCUUGGUGUUUCGAGAGUUUCGAGUUCCUUUCUACUAUCAGCGAAUGAGCUGCAAUUGCCUCCCAUGAUCUCUAGCAAUUAAACAACAACGAAGCAACCUAAUAUCAAAUCGGAGGUCCGACACUUCGAGUCUGAUUAUCCAUCAACAUAUCUAGCUGACCAAGUAGUUCGCUUGGAACACUAAUAUUCGCCGAGCGAAUGAACGCCCAGAAAAGUCUCCUUCGAAUUCCUGUAGCUUCCAUCCUGGGCCGACUACAUAUACGAGUAAAACCUGCGGGCACCCGCCAUUAACAAUGGCAUUCCUAGAGGACCCUCGUCUGCGGCAGCGAUGGAACCAGAUCUCGCACACCACCGAAACAGUCACCGAAAAUGCCGCCGCCGGCAUCUGGAGCUUCGGGCAUACUUACGUCACACCGUGCCUGUCCUCCAUCACCUCGGCGUUCGAAGGCUGUUCGACAGUUUGCCUCGGCGACCGCGAAGAACGGGCGCGACGAUCAAGAGAGCGACAGCGGGCGCAAGGGAGGGCUGAAUAUAGUUUCGAUUUCUAUGAUGAUUGGGACGAAGAAUUAGGCGAAGGGGAUGACGGCGGCGGAUUACUCGGCGGUUGGCAUAGCGAAGACUGGGAUCGCCUACUCGCUGGCACUGGAAAAAGACGGACUGGAGGCGACAUUCAAGAGCAACCCAGGAGAAAGCGCGGGAUGAGUUACGGGACGAGAGGCCCGCGUAAGAGGGCCAAUACUCAGGAAGAUCCCACUAUCAUUCCAAGCACCGCGCCCUUAGGCUUUUUGGGUCGACUACCAUUCAAGAUUGGGGGAACCUUGAGGUACAAACCUAGUGCGGCGAACCUACAGGAGCACCCCGGAACAUCAAGGACGACAUUAGAAACUGAACGCGAACCAUUGUUAGGCAACGACGAGGGCACAGCACAUCUCGACGAGUCACGAACGCACAGUAGGAAACGGAGCGGGACGGUAGGCAGUGGAGAUACUAGUGACUCGUAUAGGUCGAGAGGCGAUCUCUUCCCAAGUGAUGAUGAAGGAGAAGAAGACGCAAUUCCAUUAGACGACGAAUUUACUAUUGCGCUAGAUCACGUAGACGAUCGCUCGAGCAACAAAACUAGAAGUAGCAAAGGGAAGCGAAUUGCAGGUCGCGCAAUACCAAGAAGCGUCUCGAGGACGACGAUAAAUUCGACAAGACCAUCCCUACGCCCCAGUUUAGGCUCAGGAUCUAUACCUCCAGACAGUCCAGCGUUACUCUCGACACCAUCCCUAGAGGAUUUACGGUUGGAAGAAGAACGAAUAGAAAGAGAAGAGGACCAAGUGGUGGAGAAAAAGAGACACGCAGCCGCAGAAUUAGCUCUUCGACGUGGGCUAAGCCGAGAAAACCUCCAUAUAGAAUCUGUCCGCGAGGCGAAGUCGGAAGUGGUCAAGGUAGAAAAAGUGCGAGAGCCUGAGGAAGUCGUCUUAGAUGAAGACACGGAUGACGAACAAGUCGAGGUUGGAAUUAGGCCAGUGAUAGAGGAACAUCGCCAGCCACAGACGUCGACACCGACGCCAAUACCAGCCAACCCGAAGCAGACGGACUCGUCACAAGGAGAUUUUAUACCUGCACGAUUACCAUAUUUCCGAUAAUCAUGACCGGUAUGUAUAGUUGAGCCACGACUUCGAUUCGAAUUGUUAUUUAUAUUUGUGGUCCGCCUACGGCACCUGGUGCAUUUUAUACCAAUUCUAGAACUGGAUCAGGAAUAGACCCAACCCCAACAGGUCUCAACGCCAUUCACGAUGAACUACGAUAUUUUUAUCUUGAGCAUAUGAUCCGAUGACAUAUGAGCGAAUGACGUCGAUGAUAUAAGUAACUGCUGGUAAUUUUCUAGCAGGCAGACUAUCCUAUUGGAUAAUCGAUAAUGCGUGUACUUUUAGAUAGACCAAAAAUAUCAUUAAGGAUGAUAGGUCUGGAAGACAAGGUAGAGAGAGAUCUUAUAGAUCAAGCAAAGAUUCGGUGGCUCGCUGUUUUCAAGUAAGCGAGUUACAUGAUGUAUUAUAUUAUAGGAGUUCGGGCUCUAUAGUGGUCAAUAUCCAGAAUUUGGAC